AUGACGUUCAAGGGCAUCGCCUGCCUCGUGCUGGUCGCCAGCGCUGCCCUGCCGCUGCAGGCCCUGACGCUGCACGAGGCCGACGAGGCGCUGCUCCGGCGUGCAGGGCAGGGCGCCGCGGCGGGAGAAGCCAGCAGGCGCAGCGGUAUGGUAAGUCUCAAGCACCUCGUUGACCAGCACGCCGCGUCCGAGGUCGAGCUUCACGCCCGUGCGGCCGAGACGUUCCGCAAGUUUGCCAGCAAGAUGGCCAACAGCGGGUGCAACUACAAAGGAGGCCUGCUGCCGUGUCCUAACGGCUACAUCUGCCACUACACGGGGCAGUCCGGCGUGAGGUCCAGCGCGACUGUGGAGCAUCGUGGGGACAUCAUCCGGGCGGUCUUGUCCCCCGAUCCUGAACAGGGACUCGAUCAGCCAGACCUCGUAAUGUUCAUGGGGGCCAGCGCUAACGACGCUCCUGCCAUGCUGAUGGAAGUGCCAGAACAAUACAAGAGAACAGCAAGCCCCGUGAUGCUGAAAAUGUUCUUUGUGGAGGAUACUGACGAUGUGACUGAAGAGUGCCCUCAUGACCGUGAGCGCGUUGAAACCAUGGGCGACAACACCGUGUCGUACGCCGUUAACAACAGCACCUUCUCGGUUGAAACACGAGAAACGACCACCAACACGUUCAUGGGCAUGUCGUUUGAUUUCGUCAGCGAGGCACCUGUGGGUCACACCCCAGCCUUCGAGAUUCCUGCUGGGACGCAGAUCGUGUGGAUCACCCGCGAGGAGAUGGUGCAGGUUCUCCAGACGCAGGAGUUGCCGGCGUCCGCCGAGGCACGGCUGGAGGCGCAAUUGCGCAGCGUUUAUUCUGAAGACGGUCUGGACGACGUGCUGACGCAGAAAGCAAGCAGGAAGCGCGGGCGGCGCGGGCAGGCAUCGUGUUCAACCGGAGAGAUGUGGGCGAUGGUCGGAGGUGCCGUCGCCGUGAUGUCGGCGUUCUUACUUUGUGCGUUUACUGUCAUCGGCUGCUUUGUGGCCGCGCCGUUCUUGAUGAUGGCCGGGACGACGUCCGUUACAAACGGCUCCGGGGCCGCCCACGCUCGGCCGCCGCCCGCCGUGGGCGCCCGCCGCGCGCGCAUGGCACCACCGGCGGGAGGCCCCGAGGCCGCCGCCGCCGCUGGGGCCGCCGCGCCGGGCCCGGCGUGCUGCCGCGCCCGGCGGCUGGCCGCGGCGCUGGGCCCCUGCGCGCUCGCGGAGGUGGCGCUCGGCCUCGCGGCCGCGGGGGUGCUCGCCACCCUGGCGGCCCCCGGCGCGGCCACGGCGACGCCGCGGGCGCUCGCCGCGGCCCCGCCGAGGCGCCUGGCCGCCGUGGAGGAGGCGGGGCAGGGGACGCGCGCCCUCGCCGAGGAGCUGCGCCACCUGGAGGGGGCGAGGCGCGCCCUGGCGCAGGGCCGGCGGCUCCUGCGGCAAGCGAGCGAGGAGGCCCGGGCCGGCUUGAGGGAGCUGCGGGGCCAGGCGGGCCGGGCCGCGGAGGGCGCGAGCGACGAGGGCGGGGCCUCGAGCCGGUCGCAGGAGGUUCGCUGCAGAGCUGUGCACUGGUCCGAGGAGUGCACGUUCCUGCCCUCCGACCUCGUCGCUCGAAUGGGCGGGGACGUGAUCAACGGCAGCGCGGACUGCGCCGUCGUGGUGGCCGCGACCAGCCAGGCAACGGCGCAGAGGUUCUGGAAGGAUCUGAAAGGCAUGGGUCGGAGGAUCGACGCUCACAGCUUCGUGGUCAGAGCGACCUCGAUGCCAGCGGAGGAGGUCGCUGGCCAACUUGGCAGCAAGACCAGCAUGUAUUUCCUCCACAGCAAGGGGCGCAACAAAAAACCGAACUACAACAUUGGACCAGCGAGAAUCCAUAUCCAACACCUGGGCUCCAAGGGCACGUUGCUGUGCGACGUUCGCAAUAGAUCUGGCUGCGCAUUCGACGCGGUGUUGUUCAAAGAUAUGCCAGCACAGCACCGCGACGUGUGGCGGCGCGCGAAGCUGCCGGUCGGCAUGCUGACGUACGAGAUGGCGCAGACGCUGGUGCACCUGUACAACCUGCGCUUCAACGUCACGGCGCCGGCCCAGGCCUCGCAGACGAGGCCCGCGAACGCCUUCGCCGCCUUCGUGACCACGGCCCUGCUGUGCAACGCGGUGACGGGCUACGGCAUCACGGGCAGCGACUCCAACGAGCACGUCCUCAUGCGCGAGCUCGCGAGCGGCCAGGCCGCCCUGGACCGCGGGGGCGCGGCCGCGGGCCCCGCCCGCGGCCCCCACCCGAGCUCCUUCGCCGACCGGGCCCACCGCUGCCUGCAGGCCAAGGCGCGCGCCGGCUGCAUCCGCGUCGCCACGUAG